CCAUUUCCUUAGUAGUGACCGGUAUUUGUGUAUGCCACAAUAUAUGUUUUUGGGGUUGUGUAUUAUUGACAUUUUUGGUGGUGGAUUUGAGGUUUCAAAUUCAAUCAUUAUGAGGUGUUUUCAAUUGUUUUUUUGGUUUUCGCGUUCGGCAUUCCGGUUGUUCAGUGUGUUUGACGCCCGACAAGAUACAUUUUGCACUUAUGGUGGUAUUCAAAAGAUGUCUUCAGUAAUAUCAUCAUCCUCGUCUCGUGUUUUUGAUGCCAUCAAUGAAUGUGUGUUCCUGCUUCAAUCAGACUCAGUUGAAGUUCAAGAGAGAGCUCUUCAAAUGCUGGCUUCCAUCACCAAGGUCAGUUCUCAAAACAGAACCUCACUGGCUCAAACAGAAGGAGCCAUUCCAACAAUAGCCACACUAACAAACUCUUCCUACCCGAUCAUCCAAACACUGUCUUUGUUAACCCUCUUCAACCUAUCCCUCAACCCAGAUCUGAAGCAAUCUCUUGCUGACAUGGAAACCAUUUACUACCUCAACUCCCUCAUCACCAACUCAUCAUUUAACCUUGACUCUUCCAAACUGGCCUCCUCAUUGGUUUGCAGCUUGGCCAUGCAUGACAAAAACAAGGCCAAAUUUGGGGUGGCAGGCACAGUUCAGUUGCUAGUUAAAGCAGUUGAAGGGUCUCACGGUUCUGAUGCGCACCAGCUUCUGAGUUCUCUUGCUGAGCUUGUUCAUUUUCAUGGAAACUGCACUCUGGCAGUGCGAGCCGGGGCAGUGGCAGUGCUGCUUAAGGUGGUGAAGGGUACUGAUAACGAGGACUUGGCAGGAACUUCUCUCGCUGUUCUUAGUCUCCUUGCGAGGUUUGAUGAAGGGUUGAAUUGUUUGAAGGAAACGGAUGAGAUAAUUAGAGUAAUGUUGAAUGUGUUGAAGGGUAGGUCUCUGUUGAGCAAGGAGGGUGCUGCUGAUAUCCUUAUUCGUCUUUUUGAUGACAGUGAAGAUUGUGUGACUGAGGCUUUGAUGUUGCCAGAAUUUUCAACCGUCUUGGCUGAUCUUUGUGUGAGGGGUUCGGUCAGAGUUCGUGACAAGGCGGAUUUGUUGAUGAAGAAGAUGGCACUGGUGAGCUUGGACUCUGAUAUGGAAGUAUGCUCCCUGCAUGGUUAACUCGCUAAAUUUUAUUUUUCAAUUUACAAUCACUAUGUAAUUUAGACAUUGGCAUGAUAAGUUGAAUCAUCUCUUUGUUAAACUUGAGUUGUUUGAUUGGAAAAGAAAUUUAUUCAUGCAA